CGCAAUUUAACCCCGUCCUCCUCCUCCUCCUCCCACACACCAAACGCCGCACCCCCGCCCACCACCAUUUUUCUCGGCCCCUCUCUCUCUCUAAGCCAUCGCGCGGAUCUUUGAUUUGGGGUUCUUGGGGGCGUCGCGGAUCUUGGAGUAGCGGGGGAGAUGGGGAACUGCUGCGUGACGCCGGAGGGGAGCGGCAGGGGAAGGAGGAAGCAGCAGCAGCAGCAGGAGAAGGAGAAGGAGAGGAAGAAGGAGCCGAAGCAGCAGCAGCAGCAGAAGAAGGGGAAGAAGCCGAACCCGUUCUCGAUCGAGUACAACCGGUCGUCGGCGCCGUCGGGGCCCAGGCUGGUGGUGCUGCGGGAGCCGACGGGGCGGGACAUCGGCGCGCGGUACGAGCUGGGCGGGGAGCUCGGCCGCGGGGAGUUCGGGGUGACCUACCUCUGCACGGAGCGCGAGACCGGGGACGCCUACGCCUGCAAGUCCAUCUCCAAGAAGAAGCUCCGCACCGCCGUCGACAUCGAGGACGUGCGCCGGGAGGUGGACAUCAUGCGCCACCUCCCCAAGCACCCGAACAUCGUCACGCUCAGGGACACCUACGAGGACGACAAUGCCGUGCACCUCGUCAUGGAGCUCUGCGAGGGCGGGGAGCUGUUCGACCGGAUCGUCGCCAGGGGACACUAUACCGAGCGCGCCGCCGCGCUGGUCACCCGCACCAUCGUCGAGGUCGUGCAGAUGUGCCAUAAGCAUGGAGUGAUGCACAGGGACCUCAAGCCAGAGAAUUUCUUGUUUGCAAACAAGAAGGAAACUGCAGCUCUGAAGGCAAUUGAUUUUGGGCUGUCUGUUUUUUUCACCCCAGGUGAACGGUUCACUGAGAUUGUUGGGAGUCCUUAUUACAUGGCUCCUGAGGUGCUAAAGAGAAAUUAUGGCCCAGAGGUUGAUGUUUGGAGCGCAGGAGUGAUCCUUUACAUCCUUCUUUGUGGUGUCCCUCCAUUUUGGGCAGAAACUGAACAGGGUGUUGCUCAGGCAAUUAUCCGUUCUGCCAUUGACUUCAAGAGAGACCCAUGGCCAAGGGUCUCAGACAAUGCAAAGGAUCUCGUCAAGGGAAUGCUCAAUCCAGAUCCAAGGCGGCGACUGAAUGCUCAGCAAGUGCUUGAUCAUCCUUGGUUGCAGAACAUUAAGAAGGCUCCAAAUGUAAAUUUGGGUGAAACUGUUAAGGCCAGACUUCAACAAUUCUCUGUGAUGAACAAAUUCAAGAAGCAUGCACUUAGAGUCAUAGCUGAGCAUCUUUCAGUAGAAGAGGUUGCUGGCAUAAAGGAUAUGUUUGAGAAGAUGGAUCUCAAUAAAGAUAAUAUGAUUAAUUUUGAUGAGCUGAAGCUUGGCCUGCAUAAACUUGGGCACCAAAUGGCUGAUGCAGAUGUCCAAAUACUAAUGGAUGCUGCGGAUGUCGAUGGAAAUGGAUCUUUAGACUACGGGGAGUUUGUUACUCUAUCUGUUCACCUGAGAAAGAUCGGCAAUGAUGAGCAUCUACACAAGGCAUUUGCAUACUUUGAUCGUAACAAGAGUGGAUAUAUCGAAAUUGAUGAGCUCCGUGAAUCAUUGGCUGAUGACCUGGGAGCAAAUCAUGAAGAGGUUAUCAAUGCCAUCAUCCGCGAUGUAGACACUGAUAAGGAUGGAAAGAUAAGCUAUGACGAGUUUGCGGCAAUGAUGAAGGCUGGAACAGACUGGAGGAAAGCCUCAAGACAAUAUUCAAGAGAACGGUUCACCAGUCUCAGCUUAAAGCUUCAAAAGGAUGGAUCAUUGCAGUUAACAAGUACCCAAUAGAUAGAUAACGCAAUAGGCAAGUUGUGAAUUCCAGAAGAAAACCUUGUGUAGCUUCCCUGGUUCUUUGUUGACGACUAUUUUCUUCCCGUUCUCAUUUCUCGAGAUUCUACUGCUCUAUUUUUCAUUUUGGUACCCCGUAUGAAGCAUUAGGUGAUUGUUGAAGGUUUGUUUGUUUGUACUUAGAUUAUAUGAUCCAUGCCCCACGGGUGGCCAUCCCUUUGGCGAAAUGUAAUGUACAAGAGAAAAGGAAAAGGAAGUAGGUGGUUUUGUGCAUUCCUAA